GUUACUGGCUGCGGCUUACCACGUGUUCCCAGUCGGUUGUGCUCCCCCUUUGACGGCAUACAUCAGAGGACUCCGUCUUUUACCUGCGCUUCACCGGAUGACCCUGCCAUUUGAUUCAGGUAUCAGGGGUUGAGCUCGCUGGUCUCAGCACAGUUCUGAGCUACUCUUCAUCAUUCCUCAUAUACGCUUCAGCACCAUUACCAUCACUUAUUAUACACGCUACAGCGUUAUCAUCUGUGGAGGGGGCUCCCCAUCGAUAUUACCUUCCAUAAUCCUUUAUUUACUUUGAUUUAUUUGCUGGAAUAAUCUAGUUACUUAGUUGCUGGUGCUUUCUUUUGCGCAUAUAUUUAUUGUAUCUUUUUGGGUCACAUCAGCCAUGGUUUUCACCAUUUAGUACAUAUACCCCUACUUUUUUUUUACUACUGUUCCUUUCUAGGGUGUAUUUUCAUCCUUCCCUCAUGUUGAUUCAUUAUUGAGCUAGUCUGUGAUAUCAAUACACAUCAGAGUAACACCUCUAACUGCUACACCCUAGUUCUCUUUGUUUUUCAUUGCAUUAGAACCUGGAAUGUUGCAAUUUAUGUCUGAGUGUAUCUGUUACUUUACUUCUGUGGUAUUUUUUCAUUGGAUUUUAUCAAUCUUAAUGUCACAUUUUCUAACACAAUACUUUGUUUCAUUCAGGUUCUAGUUGCUUGUACGGCAUUAGUACCCUGAAUGUUGCUAAUUAGAAUUGUGAUUAAUUUCUCUUUAUCUAUUUUGAACUACGUUUUUAAGAGACAGCUGAUGUAUUAUUAUGUUGCUAUUUGUAAUUAAUUUUAUCGAAUAUCCACCUUUAGUAUUUUAUCAUUAAAUAUUUUCUUUUACUAUUAUCUUAUGGACACCUUUUGUUGUUAGGAGCACUCACACCAUAUUUUUAUUUUUUCUAUUUAUAUUAGUUGCUUGUGCAUUGUGUGAUACUGCUGGUAUAUCUAAUUAUUGUCAUUCUUAUUUUAUUUAAUUUUUGUUGAUUACCUAUACAUCUUUUUUCUAUGGUUCAUAAAUAUAUAUAUAUAUAUAUAUAUAUAUAUAUAUAUAUAUAUAUAUAUAAACAUUCAAAGCGUGGGCUGCACUCACGGACUUGUUAAAUGAAGAUUCUUUAUUCCAUCAUAGUAAAAAAUAGAUCAAUGUUUCGGUCCACACAGGGACCUUCCUCAGGAUCAAAUGACAUACCAAGAGAGUUGUGGUGGGGAAAAAAGUGUGAAUGAAAACCCCUUUCACCUGAAGUAAGUGGAUCGUUAAUACAUUGCUAAACACACAUACACAUACCAGUCAAGCUAUAAGACUUGCUUUUCCCACAGAAAUCUCACUUCAACAGUGCUCUCACUACUGCAAAGGAUUCUGGGAAGGCAUACGCAAAUGAGUGCAACAAAGAACAAAUUUUUUUCCUCCUAAUUCCACUUUAUACUUGGAUUCUUUGGAGUAUGUGUCUGCUGUAUACAACAGCUUUGAAACACAACUCAGGAAGAGGAGCAAAACCACUCAUGGACAGCUGUUUCAUUGUUAAUGCAACUCAUCAGUAUGAGGUUGGUUACUUGCUUGCAAUAGAGGCUUGGCAUUACUUGUAAAGUACAUACCAACAGAGUUGUGGCGGGGAAAAAAAGUGUGGAUGAAAACCCCUUCCACCUGACGUAAGUGGUUAAUACAUUGCAAAUAAUGUGUAUUUGUGUUUAGGAAUGUAUUAACUAUCCACUUCAGGUGGAAGGGGUUUUCAUCCACACUUUUUUCCCCACCACACCUCUGUUGGUAUGUACUUUACAAUCACUGGCAUUUUAGACCAUACAUGAAUUAGAUUUUUAAUUUUUGUUUACUCCUCAUGUUCAGGGUUUAGACUUAAUAUAUAAUAUCUUAAAGCUUAUACAAACCAUAUAUUCUGUUACCUUUAAUGUUCUUUAAGAUGUUACUGUUAUUCUAUCAACUGAAUGUAGUUAAAAUAGUAUUUAAAUCACUAAUUUAGUGGCAAAAAUUAUAUGUAUUAUAAUCAUUUUGUUCACAAAGGGCAUAGGAGGCCAGUUAAGAUGAAGUAAGGCCACUUCUGGAGAUUUCUUUAUUUUGUUAUUCAAAAUUAUAAAGAUAAACUGAUAAGUUUUAUCCCAUAAGUCUUUAAUCUCAGCACAUUACCACCAUACAUGUAGAUAUGUGCCUAUUGUUGCUCGGCAUCUCCAGAAAAAAAAAGAAAAUCUUCAUUUGGGAAAUUUUUAUUCAUUCUCUCUGGAACUAAAUGGCACCUAUUAAGUAGUUUAAAAUAUGAUUCUAUUAGAUUUAAAUAGUGGGUAUUUUUGAUCACACUUUUCAAUAAGGAACCCCAUUCUUUCAUAUCUAUUUUUACAUUUAGUUCUUUUUCCCAUAUUUCUAGAGUGAUUGGAUUUUUUUCCUUCAUAAAUGAUCUGCUUAUAGACAGGGCUUUUGAGAAAAGUUUCUCUUAAAUUCCAGUCGGGUACUUGUUGCUCAAUCAAUUUCAGGUCAAGAUAGAUUGGAAUUUUUAAAUUAAUUUUUAGAGCCAUUUAGAUUUUUUUCCCAUUUCCUCAACAACUGCGCUAUUAUUGAAUUGGGAUAUAUUAUUUUCUUUGUAUAUGUUGUAUCCCAUAUUAAAAUUUUUUGAUUUUCCACAUCUCUUACCUUGGCUUCCAUCUUAUACCAUCCCUUAUUUUGCUUUUUAACUGCAUUCUGUAUUAUAUAGCCAAAAGUACAAGAUAGCACUCCAGGGACUUCCAAGUUGAAUGAAUAAAACUUAGCUUUUAUUAGCUCAAAAUAAAAAACAACGUUUCAGUCUGUAGCAACCCAGCAACCCAGUGAAACCAACAAAACAAUACAUAUACAUAUAACUAAAAACAUAGCCUGCAUACAGGAAUAAAAUAUAAAUAUUGAAGAAAGACCUAUACACCCCAUCAGGGGCCCUUUAGAUACAGAGAAAAUCCAUAGAGAACACGUUAGAGAUAGACAGCAGGCAGAACUAAUCGAAAAGCGAUCAAAUUGCAAUUAGCCUGUAGCAACCUAUUAGCAAGAUAUAAAUAUACAAACUGUACUACCUAAGGAAUAGAUAAUGCAUAAAGAAGACAUGUAACUUAUACUACAAAUACAAAAAUAAAAAUAAAAUGCAGGCAUGAGCAAUCAAACCUGCAGAGAUUCCAAUCUAACUACAGGGAGCAAAGUACCAACAAACAGCAAUUGAAAGCAUAAUUGUACCAAGAGUAAUGUAUCACUCCGAAUCCUUAGAUAUCAUUAUACAGGUAAAAAGAGUAGUAAAGGAUAAAUGUCAGAACUUCUUAGUCAAAAAGGGAGAAAACAUGAAAAGACGAUACCAGAUAAAUGUGAUUAAAUAUCCACCAACUAAACCUAUGGGGAAAAGAACGUACUGCACAAUAACAAGAAGAUACAAGUAUAGCCACUAAGUAGAGCUGCAGUGAUCUAAAGAGAAGAGGGUACCAAGAAUGACUGGUUUACUCCCAGUCUAGUCCAACAUGAACACAUAAAUAAAUACAUAAAUAACUCAAACACUCAAGCAGCAGAGCAAAGAACCAAUGUAUCCCUGAAUCUAUAUCUUUCUUCAAUAUUUAUAUUUUAUUCCUGUAUGCAGGCUAUGUUUUUAGUUAUAUGUAUAUGUAUUGUUUUGUUGGUUACACUGGGUUGCUAUGGGAACGACCCAGGGAGGCGCACGUCUAUGACAUCAUCAGUGUCAAUUGUUUGACCUGAGCAGGCUGCUGGUCAGGUACCCCUGGGAUCACUCCUAUCCUCAACCUGGGUAAGUUAAGGGAAUAUUGAGGGUAUAUAUUCUUAUGGAUUUGAUUUGCAAGCUCAUCCUGAUGAAAGUCUGUGAUACAGACUGAAACGUUGAUUUUUAUUUUGAGCUAAUAAAAGAUAAGUUUUAUUCAUUCAACUUGGAAGUCCCUGGAGUGCUAUCUUGUACUUUUGGCUGUAUCUGUUUGCUGAUAAACACCGGGCAAGUACAUCAAGGAAGGUGGAGUGCAUUACUAUUUUUGUUUUUUAUAUAUAUAUAUAUAUAUAUAUAUAUAUAUAUAUUGUAGAGGCUAAAUAAUUGUUCUUGAUGAUAGGAUAACCAAUACCUCCCUUUUCCAUCUUUUGAGCUAGAAUUUUUUGGCUUAAUAUUUAUUUAUUUUUUUAAGGUUUUUUUUUUUACCUUCCAUAUAUUGCGUAAAACUAUAUUGGAUCAUAUCGAGCAAACUUUUGGAAAUGUCAAGUGGCAGCAUCUGAAACAAUUCCUAAAUAUUCGAUUUUUUUCUUCUACCUGCAGAAAAUCAUAUUUAUUCCUGAUUUCUUCUUUGCUCUUCUCAUCAACGUUAGAAUCUAGAAUCAGAGACUUAUUUGUGUUUAACUUAUAAUUGGAUACCUUAAAAUAGAGCUCAAUCUCCUCCAUAAGAGUUGUUAUAGAUUUGAUAGGAUUAGUUAAAGUAAUUAAAAUAUAGUCUGCAUACAGACUGAUUUUUUUUUAUUCUUAUCAAAAAUGUUAUAUCUGCUAGUUUCUGAGUUGUUUCUUAUAUUGGUUGCAAGAGAUUCAAUAGACAGCAGAUAUAAUAUUGGGGAGAGAGGGCAUCCUUGACAAGUUCUGUUUUUCAACAAGAACCAAGGAGAACAAAUAUUUGGACCCAUUGUGCGGGCUGAUGGAUUAACAUAUAGAGCCAUAAUAGCUUUCUUUAUUCAGCCACAUAUACCAAAGUGCUGUAUCGUGGCAUUCAUAUAGUUCCAGUUGACCCUGUCGAAAGCUUUCUCAGCAUCUAUAGACUGGGUCAACCUCUUUUGUGGAGGCAUCAUCCUAGAUAUUUAUUGUCCUACAUAUAUUGGUGAAAGAUGUUCUUCCAGGGACGUAUCCUAUUUGAUCAGAAUGUAAAAUUGCUUGUAGCACUUUCUUCAACCUAGAUGCCAAGAUUGAAGCAAAAAGUUUAACAUCAACAUUUAUAAGGGAUAUGGGUCUAUACAUUUGAACAUCCAUAGAGGGCAAAUUUUGGUUCAAAAUAGGUAGAAUAUUUGCCCUAUUCAUCUCCGCUGGAAAGGAUCUUCUUUGGACAGCGUGGUUAAAGACAUUGGAUCUUUGAUCUUUGAAGAGCUUAUAAAAUAAGUUGCUGAAACUGUCUGGGCCUGGUGUCUUAAUUUUUUCCAAAUUAGAUAUAGCCAAAAUCACUUCUUCUGAGGUUUUUUUUAUUUAAGAACAUCUAUUCGAUUCAGUGAUUUGAGGUAAAUUAGAGUUUAUUUGUUUGAUAUCGACUAUAGUUGUAGAUGAUGGUAUAUUAUAUAAUUUGCUAUAGAAAUCAUUAAAAUGUUGACCUAUUUCUUUAGGUGUUUCAAAAAUCUAUCCUUAUCAAUUCAUUGUAAUACUUUAUUUGCUCCUUUUUUUAAUCUGAGUUUUUUAAAUAAUAUUUUGUCUGCAUGAUUAACCUUUUAAUAAAAUUUCAAUUUGAGUCUUUCUAAAUUCUUAACAGUUUUUUCCAUAAUACACUGUUUGAGCUUAUCUUUUAUUUCAGUAAAUUUGUUUAAAGAGUUAGAGAGUUAGAGAGUUAAAUUCUCUUUAUUUGCUAAUUGCAUUUUUCCCAGUUGGCUGUAUAGCUCAGUUAAAUUGAAAUUCUUAUUGGAUUGGGCUUGUAGUUUAAUGAAGUGUUCUCUGGUUACUGGUUUAAAAGCAGACCAGAGGGUUGUGGGAGAUAUGUCUUCAGUCAAAUUUUUUUGAAAUAUCUUUUAAUAUUUAGUUCAAUUGAUUUUAUGUUAAGGUCUGAUUUCAAUAAGCUAUCAUUUAAUCGCCAAGUAUAUGUUGCUUUGAUCUUUUUUACUGCUCCAAUUUCACAUACCACCCUGCUAUGGUCUGUCCAGGUUAUAUCUAUAAUAUCGGUUUUUACAAUUAAAUCCAGAAGAGUAGGAUCUGUCCAGAUCAUAUCUAAUCUAGAGUAAGAAAAAUGUACUCUUUAGAAAUGAGUAUAAUCAUGGCCAUCGAUAUUAAAAACUGUCCAAAUAUCACAUAAAUUAAACUCCUUUUUAAUUUUACUUAGAGAUUUUGCCUGUUUGAUAACCAUUUUGUUAAUAUGAACACCUCUCAUCAGCUUUUUAUCUACUUUGGGAUCUAGCACAGAGUUAAAAUCUCCAGCCAGUAUAAAUUGUUAAGUUUUUCCAUUAUUUUUCUUAGGGAAGUAGUAGGGGAUUUAUUUGAAAGGUAAAUGUUGCACAAGGAAUAUACUUUUUCAUUUACUUUGCAGACCACUACUAAAAAUCUCUAUGGAUCACAUAAUUUAUAUAAUAUUUCAACCUGUAGCCUUUCUCCAAAUAAGGAGGCAUGAGGCAUGAAUAAUAGUUGGAAUUUUUUCACAUCCCAGGUUAUUUUCUCUGUUUUCUCCAGUGUGUUUCUUGGAGAAAGCAUAAAUCAAUGUGUUCUUUAAUCAAGUAAUUAUAUACUAAAGACCUUUUUGCUGGUGAGUUCAUGCCCUGGACAUUCAACGUGAUCAUCUUGAACAUCUCAAUGUGUAAAACUCCUCCCUCUCUCUGUUGGCACACAUCUGUACAAAUGUAUUAUUAAUACUACAUAUACAUUCAAACAUAUAAACAUAAUCUAAAAUCAAGUUGGGUUUUAAGCCCAAAUUUGUUUAAAGGUUGUUCCCUUAUCCCUCCAAGGGAUCAACCUAGAGCUGUGUCUUAUAUCUUUUAAUCUUAAUUUCCUUAUACAUUUCCUUUGUGAUAAUUAGAUAUCAUGUAUCUAGUGUCAAUAUUUUUACUUAUACUUCCCUUAAUCACAAUCAUAACUUAUUGUGUUGUUUAUUUAAGUGCUACUUAUCACUGUGAUGUUAUUUUAUAUUUGUGGGUAGGAAAAAAAAACAACAUAAAAAUAAAAGUCCAUUAAUAAAAGUCCAUUAUUGAUUUUUUUCAUAUGAGAAUAUUUUUUCUCUUUUUUUCCCCCUUUAUCCUCCUCUAUCUUCUUUCUCUUCAGAUUUUAACUGGAAAUAUUUGUCAAAGUCACCGAUCUCCAUCCAUGUAGUAGCUGUUUCUAAG